GGUUUGUUUUGAUCAGCACAUUUUUUAAACGUUAACCAAGAUAGUCAUCUCUUUUUUCUGGCGGACAGAAGCAGAAGUGUGUAAACAAAGUAUAAAUGGAAAAGAAGCAUAUCAUAAUCGGGCUAGUGGUUGUCACUGUCGUGGUAGCUGUCGCCAUCACUUUAGGCGUCACACUAAGCAAAGAUGACGACGACGAUGGAAACAAUUCUGCUGUAAAUACAACCAGCUCUACAGUUAAUACGACUAGCUCUACAGUUAAUACGACCAGCUCUACAGUUAACACGACUAGCUCUACAUUUAAUACGACCAGCUCUACUGCCAAGGACUAUUACACAAAUGCUGCUGUUGCAACAGAUGCUAAAAACUGUUCACAUAUUGGUUUGGAAAUGUUAAAAGCAGGAGGGCAUGCUGUAGAUGCUGCUAUCGCAAGUUUAAUUUGCGUAGGAGUUGUAAAUCUGCACUCUACUGGUAUCAGUGGUGGAGGUUUUAUGACGCUGUACGAUAAAGCAAAGAAGAAAACUGCAGUGUUUGACUAUAGAGAAACUGGUCCAGCUGGCUUACAAGCAAACUCUUAUGCUCAUGACAAAAACGCCGCUCAAGUAGGUGGAUUAGCAGUCGGCGUUCCUGGAGAGAUCAGAGGUUUAAAGUUAGUUCAUGAAAGGUAUGGAAAAUUACCUUGGUCUCAAUUAUUUGAACCAUCAAUCAAGCCGGCUGAAGAAGGUAUCACGAUUGGAAAGCAUAUGGCUUCGAAAUUAUCAAGUUCUACAAGGAAAGCAAUCAUGGCGGAUCCUGGAUUGAAAGAAAUUCUAGUAAAUGAAGAUGGUACGUUCAAAAAAGCGGGAGAUAUUAUUGUUAACAAGAAAUAUGCUGAUACACUCCGAAUACUUAAAGACAAUCCAGAAGAUCUUUACACAGGAAAUAUCUCGAAGUUCUUUUUAAGUGACGUCAACAACAAUAAUGGUAACAUGACGGCGAGGAUUUAAAAAAUUACAA